UUUUAAGAACACUCAGCGUUGCAUCUCUCCUCCCUGUGUAAGCUGUCAGUUCAUUUUCUUGGAGGCUGCCCACAGCUCAUCAGCGAAGGAAGCAGCUUUAUUUCCAGGCGAGAGGAAGACGGGCGAUAAAACCAUGUUAAUCGGCUCUGGAUAAUUUGUUCAAGCAGGGAGAAAGGAGAGAAUUAGCUUGAAUCCUCUGAGUCUUAAGCAGCAGCUGGGGCCGCUCGUGGAAAAAAGGAAAAUGAGGGAGAAUCGGCGGCGGUGAUGCAAUACAGACGUCUGAAGGGAAAUGAUUCUGCUGGGGAGUGAAGAAAUGAACGGAAAGCAUACUGCGAGACGAACCUUCUGAUACCUACACAUUAUCUCCACACCGGCAGCGUUUCACAAGUGCUUCAAAACGGACGGCGCAGUGGAGCACAGAGGGAAAGCCAGGGGCGCUAUGAAGGACAAAGACUUCAUGCCCAACAUAGAAAGGGGUAAACCUGCGACGUACACCGGUGACAAAAAAGCAAGAAUGGCAGCAAAAACCAACCAGAAGUGGGUGAGACUGGCGACUGUGUUUGCGUAUGUACUCUCAGUAUCAAUGGCAGCCAUCAUUUUGGCUAUUUACUACAGCUUAAUAUGGAUACCGGUGAGAUCCGGUAGUGGGAACGGCAGCAAUUUGAACCACAGUCAAGUAGUUCCUACUUUGCCUCAGAAUGAAAACACAACCAACAGGCCUCAGGCCUCUGAGAUGCAUUCUACUACUCAAGCCGCAGAAAUGGUGAAGGGACUCAACCAUGUCAAGAGGUCUCUUGAGGCAAGACGAGGCUUUGAAGACCAGGAGCCGAUGUCCAGCAACACACCAUCAGAGGCAAGAUCGGGACGUUCAGACCUACAGAUGAAGCAGUCUGAGGAAGCUGUGGAGGCCUUUAUCACAGGGCUGCCUCAGGAUUCUGACAUAAACACUCUGCUUUUUGAUGGAGCUGAUUUUGAUACACAGCCAGAAAUGAGCUCUGCUGAUUUUGAAAAAAUCAGAGAGAAAAGCCAUUACAGGAGAUAACCAAAGAUUUGGGAUAUUAUCAUUUACAGCACAUGUUAUAUCUAUGUAUGUGCAUGGCAGUGUGGAUAUAAUGAUAAACCACUGCAGAGUCUAAAAGGUCUGCAAUGCAUUUCAAUCCCAUCUGUCAGCAAAACAUUACAAGAAGACACCUCUUUGGACCAAAGUGAGCUGAUUACAGCAGUAGACCAGCCUUUUGUUUGCCUUGCAUGUCAAGCCUCCUCCUUUCGUGCAUUACCUUCUUGCCUUGCUGGUUUAGCAAAAGGGGGCGUUCAUAUAUACUGUAAAUUUGAUUGCUUUGGGAGGGUAGACCAUGCUGAACACAAUAACAUUCCUUCUCUCCAGCACCUUCCAUGUAGACAAUAGCUUAGAAAUGUGAAAGACACACAAGUAAUUUAAUAUUGAUGUCAUAAUGGGUAGCUUGGUUUGGUUGAGUGCUGCUUCUUAGCAUCAUUCUAAAGCUUGUAGAGAGUUGAGACCUCUGAAUGCCGAUUUGAACUGUGUCGGUCUGCCAUUUAGAUUUAAAGCUGAAAUUCAUAUUUGUUAUGCAGUACUAUAGUAGCACUGAAAUGUAUUUACAUUCUACGGCAGGAUACCUGAUGUCCAUAUUGAUCUAUCGGCACUGAUUUCUUUGCAUGCUUUAACAAUGAAAAAGCUUUAGUUACUGAGCUGAAGAGAAGGGAAACAUUUAGCGCCGGUUCACACAGGGGCGGCACGACUUGCCGCGCGACUCGGCAAGACGAUCUGCAGACGACUUCAGAGGCGACUUACAAAAUGACUGUAUUGAAGUCAAUGGAAG